AUGGCGGCGAGUCGGGGUCACACAGAAGUUGUCAAAUCCAUUGUACAAAAAGGAGAGAGUGUUGACGCAAAGACCAAUGAGGGAUUCACAGCUCUUCAUAUCGCCGUCCAAUCGGGUCACGAAAAAGUUGUUGAAGUAUUGCUUGGAAUGGGAGCAGCCGUUCAAUUGACUGCUGGCAAGAAUGGCGAAACACCUUUACAUACGGCUUCCAGAAUACCCAAUGGUAUAAAGUGUGUCGAAAUGCUUAUCAAAAGUGCAAAUCCUGCCCUUCAGAACAAUACCGGAGAAAAUGCAUUGCAUAUAUCGGUUAAGGACUGCCACUACCCUAUAGUAGAAAAUAUAAUUCAAUACAUGAUAGAAACUUCAAGCAAAGAUGAUGCCAAAAAAUUGGUUAAUCAACCCAAUAAAAAUGGGGAGAGUUGUGUGCAUUACGGCGCAAACCUGCUGUCCAAAAAUGCCCACUAUGUCAAUGAAGACAGAGAUUUGAUGCGACUUUUACUACAGACUGGAGGCAACCCUUUGCUCGAAACAUCUGAGAAUGGAUGGCCGCCAUUAUUCUACGCGUGCUCUCACGGACACCCAGACAUCAUACGAAUGCUUCUCAAUCAGAACGCAAGGGUCGAUGUCUUCGAUGAGAGAGGUCAGGCGGCGCUUCACAUAGCGGCAGAACUGGGACACGAGGAGGUGGUGGACAUAUUGCUCGCAUCCAAUGCUUUUGUGAACGUUAGGAACAAACAUGGUAUGACUCCUCUCCAUUUGGCCGCCCGGCGGGGCUUCAACUCAAUUGUCAAACAGUUGGUGCUCUCACACGGAGCUCUUCUCGACGCCUUCACUUUGACCAAACAAACUCCACUGCAUUUGGCGGCAGAGAACGGACAGUUGGAAGUGUGUAAUACGUUGCUCACAAUGAAGGCCGAUGUGAACGCCACGGAUAAUCACUCUCAAACACCGUUACAUUUGGCUGCAGAACACGACCACUCGGAAGUGUUGAAACUAUUCCUGAAGCACAAUCCCGAGAGACUAUCGGUUCCCAACAAGAAUGGCUAUACCUGUGCUCAUAUCGCCGCUGCGAAGGGAAGUGUAGCCGUUAUUAAAGAAUUAAUGCGAUUAAAUCAAGAAUCCGUUAUUAACGCUAGAAUUUCGAAAACAAAGUCAACGACUUUGCAUUUAGCCGCAGAGGGCGGACACGUGGAAGUGGUUCGGGUGUUGCUUCAGGCCGGGGCUAAAGCGACCGAUGAAAAUGCCGAAGGAUAUACAGCUUUGCACUUAGCGGCAAAGAAUGGUCACGUGAAGGUAUUGAGUGCUCUUAAGGAACAGUCAACCGCACACUGGAAAGUCUGCAGUCGGAGGAUUGGAUUGACAGCGUUGCACGUGGCGGCGGCUUUUGGUCAGGCAGAUUUCGUAGGAGAAAUGCUAACACAAGUGCCGGCAACCAUCAAAAGUGAACGACCACUCAUUGACCCGAGCGGUGACUAUGGCAUCACUCCUUUGCAUUUGGCCUCACAGUCUGGCCACGAAAGUGUUGUCCGUUUGUUACUCAAUAGUCAGGGCGUAACAGUUGACGCGCCCACAGAAGUUGUGGGAACAAUUCCAAUGCAUUUGGCGGCACAGGGCGGACAUCUAUUAGUAGCUGGACUUCUCAUCAGUCGUACUACUGAACAGUUAUACCGAUCCGACAAAUAUGGCCGAACACCACUUCAUUUGGCCGCAUCUUAUGGUCACAGAGAUAUGGUUAACCUUCUGUUAGGACAGGGCGCUCAGAUCAACACUCAGGACAAUAGGGGAUGGUCUCCAUUACAUUACGCUGCGAGACAUGGUUUCAUAGAAGUGGUGCAACUGCUUAUGGAUAGCGGAGCGGAUCCAACACUGCGAGCAAAGGACGGU